UCUCUCGGGCUUCAUCGACAAGCAGACGUGUUCGCACGUGCCGGAACUACAAUAAGCCCAACACGAGAUUCGAACUUUUUUUUUCUUUUAUACAUGUGUGUAUGUGUUUUGUGUUUUCAGCGUGGGAGAUAACUUCAUUUAGUCUAAUAAGAAUUAUGUCCCCUGUACUUCCGUCCCGUUAUGCCGAAUGUUGACCUUUAUUAUUUUUUUUCGGCCUUGACCCGCGGUAACCUUUUUACGUAAGUAGAGCUCACAGAAUCACACAUUACACACAUCCCUUUGAUUGCAAGCACAGCGAUACUGUCAUCCUUUGUAAUUCUUGUCUUCAAUUGGAAUAUAUCUGAUUCGACCCGAUUUCUAUAAUUUCAAUAGAUCUUCUAUGCACGGAUAUCAAAGUUAUGUCUUAAUCUGGAUCAAGGAUCAGUAACUGUGUUUCUAUGUUACAACUCAAGUAACCAGGCAUAGACCUAUAGUGCUAGUGGCAACUCCUUUAACAUGGAGUUACAGGAGUUUAUUAUAAUACUCGUAACUUUGACUUUCUCCCACGUUUACGGGGACAGUAAGGAUAUAGCGUACAGGCUUCGAGAAGAACAGGACAUCGGGACCUACGUGGGCAACAUAGCCAGGGACAGUUUAAUUUACAGCCAGUUCAACGCUUCGGAUUUUCAGAAUCUGGAAUACAAUCUCCCUUCCACUGUGUCUAAGUUUACGAUCGAUCGCAAGACGUCAACCGUCAAAACUGCGCAAGUCCUAGACCGGGAGGCGGAAUGUGAUCGCCCGGAUGUGCCUUGCGUCAUCGCGUUCGACGUCAGCAUUUUCCGGGGGAACAAAGACAGCGGUUAUUCUCUGCUUAAGAUAAUUAAAGUGAUUGUCACGCUGGAAGAUAUCAAUGACAAUGCCCCGCAAUUUCCUUCCAACGAGACGACCCUAGACGCUCCAGAGUCUUUGGAAGUUGGCCAGAUUUUGAUGACAAGCGGGGCCAUAGAUCGGGACUCCCCGCCAAACAAUACUGUACAGACGUAUACCAUGGAAGGUGGUAAUGGCAUAUUUGAGCUACGGGUUAUCCCCAAUGCCGGCAGCGGUUUAACAGAACUUGGAGUGGUCCUCAAGCAAAAAUUAGACAGGGAAAGUGUAUCAUCAUACAGAUUGAAGAUCACGGCAGAGGAUGGUGGCUUUCCCCAACUCACGGGGACCGUCAUUGUCAACAUCCGAGUCAUUGACGUUAAUGACAAUGCGCCAAUAUUCGCCAAGGCCUUCUUUAAUGCCAGUGUGCCCGAGGACAAGGCGGAGCGGUCAGUGGUUCUACAACUACAGGCCAGCGACCCUGACGAGGGAGAAAAUGCCAGGCUGUCUUAUACCUUCACUGUCCCCACGUCUCCGAAAAUUACAGAAUACUUCACGAUCAAUGAGUCCAGCGGUGAAGUGUCUUUGUUAAAACGACUUGACUUUGAGAAGGACAGGACAUUCCGGUUUGGGGUGACGGUCAAUGAUAAUGGCUAUCCGAUGAGAUCCUCCCAGGCCACUGUUCAAAUUGACGUGCUUGAUGUGAAUGACAACGCACCUGAAAUUGACAUCACACUCCCCUCCCCUUAUAUCAAGGAAUCCAUGUCAGUUGGCAGCUACGUGGCGCACGUGUCAGUCUCUGACGGCGACAGCAGCCAAAACUCGGUCAUAUCCUGCAACAUGUCGAAUGACCACUUCAUCCUCCAGCAUUUCCCCGGCUCGGAGUCUAUCCUCACCGUCAUUCUGAACGCGCCCCUGGAUUACGAGAAGAGCCAGAGGGAAAUCGUCAACAUCACCUGCCAGGAUGGGGGAGACCCUCCCUUGAGCGACUCCUCCUCGUUCAUCCUGUUUGUACAGAACGUCAACGACAACCCGCCUGUAUUCACGAGAAGCUCCUACAGGAUUAACUUCGAUGAAGAGAAUUACGUCGGCCAGUUCGUCGCGCAAAUUCAGGCCGUGGACCCGGACGGCGACAGCGUAUCCUACUCCUUACUCGUCAACCCGGACAAAAAAUUUCACAUGAACCCGACAUCGGGCGUCAUCAAGGCCAUGAAAACCCUGGACAGGGAGGACGUGCCCCUCUACGAGUUGGUCGUCCAGGCCAAGGACAACGGCGCCCCUCCUCUGUCCUCUUCAGUCACAGUGACCGUGGCUCUGGCGGAUAUAAAUGACAACCCUCCCAAGUUCACCUCGCCCCAUUUCGAGCUCAGAGUUCAAGAAAAUCGGCCCCAGAACACCGUAGUUGGCAGCGUGUCAGCCAACGACCCGGAUAUUGUCUCAGAGAACCACCUGCGUUACAGAUUCCCGCCAAAUUUCACCUAUUCCGACCUUUUCUUUCUCGACGAACUGUCUGGGAUACUGUCCACCAAGGCGCCACUGGACCGCGAAACGCAGGAUCGUUACAGCUUUGAUAUUCUGGUAGUAGAUGAUUCCAAACCGACCUACUUUGACACUGCCUAUGUCACUGUCACUGUCACCGACGACAAUGACAACAAGCCUGUAAUUCUCUACCCGAACGAGUUCAAUAGCACUUUUUUCAUCCCAAUGACUUCACCUCCAGGAAGCGCGGUUUUCAAAAUGGAGUGCAAAGACGCAGAUUCGGGAGAGAACUCUUCCGUGAAAUUUUCUAUUCUGAGAGGAAAUGAAAAGGGAAUGUUCUAUAUGAACUCUAUGAAUGGAGAGCUGGUUCUGGCCAAGAGACUGUCCGUCAACGAUGUUGGGACUUUCAUAUUGACAGUAAUGGCCAGAGACAACGGCGUGGUUUACCUCGAGUCCCAGAGAGAUGUCAGCAUCACUGUUCUCUUGUCCAACGGCACCUUUGCCGAGCCCCAGGAGGACGAUCACGUCGCCGGCGCCAACAUGGCUAUCAUCGUGGCUCUGGUCUGCGUUACGGCCGUCAUCGGCGUGGCCGUGCUGAUAGCCAUCUGCGUCAUCCGGCAGGUGGACAGAAAAAGGGAAGGUGGCCGUUGCAAGGUGGACUCGCACGAUAUGUACAAACCUGGCGUGGAUAUGUCCACUGCUGUGAUGGAGAGCGGCGACACCGAGCAGGAAAGGCUGAAACGUAAGAUGAAACAGGAUCUUAGCUUUGAGGCCGACCCUGACUACGCGAGGCAGACGUCACUGGAGCUCCAUAACAAGACCUCGUUCUCAACAUUUAAAACUGUCAAGUUUUUACCUGAGGACAGGGUACAUGAUUCACUAACUCACCAAUCAGUGCUUCACAACACUUUCUCCCCUGCCGAGGGCAAUGCGAAGAGGAGCCACUAUGUGGACAAAGAUGUUGACAUCAAGAAACUAACCUCCACGUCCCCGGGGCAGGUCCAGACUGCUGUUCACAUGACCAGAAAUGACCAAUGGCCCACAAUCAAGACCCCGCCUUCGUCAGCCUUCAAGCACCCAGUGAAUGACGUCAUCAGAAAGUGCAGUGGAGGGCGAGGCGAAGAAGGUGACGGUCACAGAUUGCCCGGUGACGUCAUUGGUGCUGCAGAAAAGGACUACUUUGAUCACAACGGAUUCCUUUGCACUUCAGAACUGCCAACCACCCCGAAGACAUCCAGUAAUACAACCACAGCAAACACAUCGUCAGGCUCCUCAACGCAGCCUCGGUCCUUAUCAACAACUGCCAGCACUGGCUCGGCUAGAAAGAGGCUGUGGCAGGACAUGACUUCUUCUACCGAGAGCUCCCGACAGGAGUCUGGGUUCGCCGAGGCCGGGUUCAAACCAAACAUUAGCUUCAGCGAUGACAGCGUCACAGCCAACACUGUCGUUGAAAGCUCGGUCUCGGUACCGCCAAAAGACUCUGUCUUUGAAGAUCAGCCAAAGACAACACAGAAAGACAUAGACCUUAAACCCACGCCGCUUCACAACAGCCAAACGUCUCCUCGGCCAUUUCCUUUCACCCCGAGGCGAUCCCAGAGUCCAGACAACCAGAAAGUUACACCGUUUGGUUAUUCUGGCACUCCCUACAGGUUACUGACCACCAAUCUUUCAAAGAUUCAAUCCGUUGACUCAGCUCACGGUAUGUACGUGGAAGGGUCCAGCUUGUCCAUCUUUGAGCCUUCAGGCGUUGGUCACUCUCGCAGCUACGUCAACGCCAGCAGACUGCCCGCAAGCAACUUGCCCACCACCAACUUGCCCAAGCCUAAUGACGUGACUAUGUCAGGGGGUCAAAGAAGCAGCCACAGCCAUGGUGCUUCAAGGUAUGUCCCUGACAAGGACAGCAGAUGCAAUCCCCAGACUCUCGUCUCUCUAGCCGAGGGCUACUCUCUUCACGACAUAGACGAGAUCCUAGAGAACACGCUGAGAGCUGACAGGACGGUUAGAGAUGAUCUUCUAGAGCCCACGUCUGCCCCAAGACGCAAUGGGGACCUAGUGUUCAGAAAUGGAACCACCAUAAGUGACGGCGUCAGUUACCAGGACGACGAUUCCCUGACUACGACAAUCAACGCUGAAGAUUUGUGCCAGGAAAUUAACGAACUGUUUUUUAAAGAUAUCUUCGUGUAAUGAGAGGUUUACCGACAAUGAAAUAUGAAAGUGCUUUGAUUCAAAAGUUAGAAUGCUUGAAGUAGAUGUUUCUAUAUUGGGCUUGGACGUUGAUAUGUUUGAUUCACGUUGCUAUAUUUGGUACGGAUGUUGAAAUGUUUGAUUCACAUGUUGCUAUGCUAUGUUCGACUCUAAUUCUGAUACGUUUGAUUAAAAAAUUUGAUAUUUUAAUCUCAAUGUUGCACCACUGGAUAUGUUGCACCACUGGAUAGUGGAUCAUCUGUAUUCGUACAUAAAUAUUAGGUUUUAUACCGAUGUUGCUAUGUUUGAUUUACAGAUUUUAAAAAUAGUUUUUAUUAUUUAUUUAUUUAUAUGACAUCUGAUAUUUUAAAAAUAGUUUUUAUUAUUAUUUAUUUAUAUGACAUCUGAUAUUUUAAAAAUGACGUGUCUGUUUUAUUUAAUAUUUUUUAAAACUAAACCAAAUCAUUUUCCAACACUAGCACUGUCAAAUAUUGUGAAAUGGAAGAUUUCUUAAAUGCUAUCAUCUCCCCUUAACAGUUUCUAUUUUUAAUAUCAUUAUUUGCAUAUCAUAAUUUGAAAAAUAAUACAAGUUAGAAUAUUAUCUCGAUUAUACAUUUACUACUAGAUUUUUUUUUAUCUUUUCAAUUACAAUUUUAAUUUAAAAAAUAUGUUUUGCUGUAUUCCAUUCAACUGAUGACUAUCUACUCUGUUAGGCAGCAAAGCAGAAUAUAUUCAAAAAUAUCUUUACCAAUCUGUUGGCAGCAAAGACCAAAUAUAAGUUAACCUUUCUUUUCUCAUUUUAAUGCCGGGAUGCAUUGAAAAAUAGAGAUUCAAGACUUAAAUCUCGGUAAAGACUUGGAUUUUGAAUUAUGGGGAUUUUUAGGACAUUCCAGAGUCCAUCCAAUUUUAAUGGGUACUUGGCCUAAGUGAAGCUUGGUCGUUGUGCUGGCUCUGCUCGCAAGUCUGAAAGGGGACCUUUCUCUUUUUAACACAUGUAAAUUCCAUUUCUUUCAGAACAGCGUACAAUGUGUACAUAUAUUGAUGAACAUUCCUUUUUAUUUAAAUUUUUGAGUUCAGACAGCAGACGACAGAAACUUGAAGGGCCUCUUGAAUGGGCAUAAUAGAUUUGUAUCCUCAAUUUCUUUUUUUUAACACUAGAUCUCAUAUUGGAUCUAGCAUCUAGAGGUAAAAUCUAAGUUUAUUCCGCCUGUAAGAUCUAAGUUUAUUCCUCCUGUAAAAUCUAAGUUUAAAUUUUCUUUAUUGUUAAUGUAGGAAUCAAAAUGGCAGAAUUUGGUCUUCACGUAUGUUGAAUAUGCCUUUUUUUCCCCAAAGUUUGGAUCUAAAAUGGCGCCAGAAUUACUAAUACGUAUUUUAUAGUUGGCCUGAUUAUUUCUGAAGACCAACCUUGACCCCUGUAUUGUGCCAUAACAUUUUUGUCGCCAUUUUAUAUGCUAUCACUUUUUAAGCCCCAUAUAUUGGGUCACACUUCCGUUACAAAAAUGUCGUCUGCUCAAAUACAUAAAAAGUGAAAAUGCUUGAUAAGUAUUUGAGACAAUUGUGUAUGUGGGUGGUUCUCUCUGAACAAGGGAGGUAAUCACCGUGUGCUGCAGUAAACCAGGCUUUCACGUUAUGUAAACUAGUUAAUUGAUUGCUUGUAAUAUAUCUUAUAUGCUUUGCUUGCUUCACCAUUCCGCUUUUUGUUUUUGUCGCGGGGAAGAUGUAGCUGACAGUCUGUAGCAAGAUGUGACACCCGACACUGUGUGAGACCCCCUUCUUGAAAAGUUAUUAUAUAAUUUUUAUUUUAGAUUACUCGCAGCGCAAUUCUCAAUCGUUUUUUCCCCUUCGAAUUCACCCAUUGUUUAACUUAAGUAAGGGAGUUAAUAAAGUUUUUUUUUUUUGGAAAAAAAAAGUCCCUUA